AUGUCGCUCGGAACUUUAUACGCUUACCAAAAUGCCAGAGGCAUGCUGCCUCGUGGGUUAGUUGACUGGCUCAAGGUUGACAUGAAUGUCGUCAACCCCACCGACCACAGAGAAGAAUUCGAGAGCCACUUCCCGUUGGGAAAAAACCCGGCGAUCUUGGGUAAGGACGGGUUUGAGCUGACCGAAUUGAUGGCGGUCGCAUACUACCUAGUGAAUUUGAAGGGUGACGAUAAGCUUGAAAAGUCACUCUACGGCGAGACAUUGGAGGAGCGUUCGCAGGUCAUCAGGUUUCUCUCGUUCACGAACCAAGAAAUAACGUCAAGCGUUGUUGCAGUGGUGACAGCAGCCAAAACCAAUGCUAGCCCGGAGCAGUACAACGAAAAGCUGUCGACGUGUCUCUCAAACUUUGGCCUCUUUGAAAAGAGCUUGAGCAAGCAGGAAUACCUGGUGAACGACCGCAUAACCAUUGCGGAUCUGUACGCUGCGUCUCUUUGCGGGACUCUGUUUGGGUUUGCUUUGGGCAAGGACAAGUUUGGUGGGUUCACCCAUCUGCAGCAGUGGCUUCCUAAGGUUUUGGAGCACCCAGCGCUCAAGGGCAGAGUGGACGUCUCCAAGUUCAGAGAAGAGACCAUUGUGGCCAGUGCACAGUGA